ACAGAAAUUCCUCUCUCAAGAGUUUGGCAUUUCCUCUGAGCUCACACACUCAGCGCCUGCUCUCUCUCUGUCUUUCACACAGCGCUUCCAAGACAGAAGAGGGGGGAUUUUCAAACAGCCAGAGUGAAUGGAUCAGGCCAGCUGUUCUUGUCACACGAGGAACCCGUGAAGGAACAUCUGGAACGUAAACAUCAAGGCAGAGGACAGAGAAGCAACGGAAGUGUUUAGAAGUUUGAAGAGUCGGUUCAAAUACAGCAGAAGCAGAAGCAGCGCUUACAACAACUUAGAGGAACAUCAGCUCUACCCUGAUCCUCAGCAGCUGGGAGGCUGGACCAGCAUGGGCUAGCAAACCCCGGGACCACUGUGUAAGCUGAGACGCCUGGGCUGGAGGAGUAGGAUGAGUGUGUACACUCUAAACCUCAGGGUUUUCUGGCCUUUGGUCACUUGCAUUCUUUGUGCCUUGCUUCUGCUGCAUCACUUCAUCCUUCGAGACUCAGAAGAGCAAGGGGACGGGUGCUCAGAUCAGGGGCCUGGAGCCAUUCUUCUGUUCAAGUAUGUCCUGGCUUUUGCACUCUGCUACUUCUUCAUAAAGUACUGUACGACUCAACCUGGCUCUACCAAGCGUGGCUUCCACAGAGCCCCUGAAGUUCCUUGCAAACCAGCAGUGCCUAAGAAAGAGCUUCUGGAGGAUCACUAUGAGAAGCAUGUGCGACUUUCUCCACAUGUUCUAGGCCACAGCAAAGCUCAUGUGGCAAAGCUGGUGAGUGUUCUGGUCAAGGUAGGCCGGACUGAUGUACCCCCUGAGUCCUCCCUGGCCUUCCGGGGAGACUUUGUACAAAUUGGCAGCUCAUAUGAGGAGCACAAGGUGGGUUCACCGGACUGCUUUGACAUUCUGGUACCUCUACGUUUACCUCGUGGACUCAAGUUGGAGCCUUGCAACUACAACGUCACCAAAGGAGGGAUACCGCUGGUGACUCUGGAGACCCCGCGUAAGUCAGAGUGGAUUCGGCGCCACAAGGCAUUCACCGACACCUUCCUGCAUUCGCAAGGUUCUGCAGGAUUCCACAGGUUAAGCCCGGAUUCUGUCUUGCGCUGGUUCUAUUCCACUUCCCAGCACUGCCUAUCAAUGGUACGUUUUCCGUUUGAGCAGAGAUGCUCUCUCAGCUUGUCCCUCGUUGAGAGCCAGCGGGUCCAGCUGCACCUCACCCCUCGCUCGGACUAUGUCUGCUGCCACAUCUCCAUGGGGGUUCGCUUAAUCCCAGCCUUACCUUUGGGCGACAAUGCCUUCCUGGUUGCAGCUCCUGGAACUCAAAAGGGGGAGAACCUGUGGACAGUCUACUUCCCCAAGCAAGAGCAGAAAUUGCUGGGCUUCCUGAAGAGCAAACUUCCAGCCAACUCCUGCCAUCUGAAGUGCCUUCAGUUGCUCAAGGAGGUACGAGAUCUAGGAGGUCAGACAUUAGACCAGCAAGCUGGGGCUGAAUGGAGGGGGGUGCUCUCGUCCUAUGCCCUGAAAACCGCAUGGAUACGUCUGCUGCUCAGCACACCCCCUGAGGCCUGGGAAGAGUGCCACUUGGUCGACAGACUGGAGGACUUGCUACGGUGCUUAAGAGACAGCCUGCAGGCCAGGAAUCUUCGUCAUCUCCUGCUUGGGGGGGACACAGGGCUUCUGCCAGAAUCUGUUGCAUUGCCAAAGCUCGUAAAGGAGACAGUACCGUCCAACUUGUGGGCAGAAUUCUGCUCUGGUUCUCUGGACCUGGUCUCUGCACGUCUAGCCUUUUCCUGGGCUCACCUCCAUCGCCUCAUUCGCCUUGGCCGUCCUCAAAGGACAACCCUUGGACGAGGGGUCCAUUGCAAGCACAUCGAUGCUGAGUGAUUGCCUUCACUCUUACUUGGGAGUAAACGUUUGUGUAACAUACUCUGAUGUGAUCUCUAAUGGCAUCUUAAGGAAUCCGUUAAGGUUUGGUUCAAAAUAAUAUGUAAAGAAAUUGUGUCAAAACGUGCCUUUAGUUUGACUCUGUUUGCUUGGUGUUUUUAAGAUAAUAUGAAGACUAGAAAUAGAAAAAACUGCAAGGGACAUCUUUUUGAGAACAGUGUUCUUAAUGCAAUACAUAUUAUUAAACCAAAGAAAGUAUUUAAUGAUCAUACAGCACUGUGCAGAGGUUUUAUGCAACUAAGCACACUAUUUAAAACAUAUUCUUUCAGCAAUAAGAUUUAUAGAAUAGUUUAUAGUGUAAAAACUCUAGAUCACUCCAAGAGGAGAGCUUGUGAUAUAUUUUAAGGAACACAGUGAUCUAAAAUUGCUGGUUUUGUUUGCUUAUCAUUUGUAUUUAUUGCAAUAUUAGUGGUAUUGGUAUUGCUUAGGAAAACUCUUUUUCAGAGGUGCCUAAAACUUAUUCACAGUGCUGUAGUUGUUUUGUUUUUGAGAGUCAUGUAUAAAAACAGAAGUACUGUGCAGUACUGUAUGUGUAGUUUAUAGAAGUAAUUCUUAAAGUACUGUAACUUGGUGCUGAUAUGAGGUAAAAAAUAAGGGUUUAUUUAAACUUUAGAAGCCAUAUUGCUGCUUUGUUUUCAGGUUGUAGGUUGUAAUUUCCAUGAAAUUCUCAUUUGCAAUUUUGGUACUUGUGCCUUAUGAAAGCUUUGAAUGCACUCAAUGCCACACAUGCCAUAACAGGCUUCUGCACAUUGGCUGUAGAUGUAAAGUUAAAUAGAAGGUUUAAAUAUAAACGUGUGUACUAGAGGUUUAAUAAUACAACUGUACUUUCAUGAAAGCAUGGAGCGGUACACCUCGCAGGGCUGCAGUGUUACUUCUGGGUUGACUCAGAGUUCCUGUGAUGUCAGAGCUCCUGGGGGAGCGUUGUCUGUGGGUAGAGAACAGUCAGAACAGGUUAGGCGCCAAAGAGAGCUCAUUUUUCCACAAUCCCACAGCAUUUAGAAGGCCAGCAUGAGCCCACUGAUAUCCUGUAGAAAGGAUAUGAAACUCCCCACUAGAAGCAGGUCUCAGCAGGCCCAUCUGGACACAGCUGUCCUGUUCUAAAUGUCUAAAGGGAUUUAAAAAUUAUGUUGUAUGAAUUGAAACAUCACAAAUAUUGUGUUAUCUCUCAGGAGCACUCUGAAUCAUCGUAUGUUUACAGCCAGGCGUUAUACUGGAACAGCCCUCAGAAAUACAUCACAACAGCCUUUUUCCAUGUAGUAUGUUAAGCACGGGUAACCGGUUUGGUUGAAAAAGUAGAGUAGAGUAAUGCAAUAAACUUACUAUACUCAAUUUCAAUGUAGACACAGUUGAGUCAUUUUUCCAUUGCAGUGGCAAAUGGUACAAAAAGACUAAAAUCAGAGUUUUUGUAACGUAUCAUUGCUGUCACAUGAAAACAUGACCAUAAAAAAAAAAAACAAGAAUGAGCUGCUUACUGAAUGUGUCUGAUUCACUUUUAAAAUUUUACCUACAUUUUAAGAAAUGGGUCUGGGCUCUUGGGUUCAAAUACAUAGGUUAAAACAAAUACAACAGCAGAUUUCAUACUUUAUGUAAAGUGUAUCUUCCUUUGACAUUUCUCCCAAUAUAUUAUAUUAUAUAUAUUCUUCCAAUAUAUUAAUGUUCAGUUUUUUAAUGCAGUAACCCUGAUGGUUUUUUUGCAUAACGUGGCUCCAAACUACUUAAAUACAAAUGUAAACCUAGAAUUCCCAUAGUGUUUUAAAAAAUCUGCUUUAGGAACUGAAGAAUAAAUAGACUGAUAUGUUGUUUAAACUUGGUUAUGGUUUAUGCUUAUUUUGAGUCCUUAAAUUGGCUUAUCGUUUGUCACUGCACUGGCGAAAGACCUAGUUACUGCAAAAAGUUAAUUGAAAGGGAAAAAUAUAAACAUAUACAGCCCUGAAAAGAAUUAAGAGACCACUUCAGUUUGUGAAUCAGUAUCUCAUGAUCAGUAUCAUAUUUUGCUAUUUAUAGGUAUAUGUUUGAGUAAAUAUUGUCAUUUAGAGCAUUUAUUUGCAGAAAAUGAGAAAUGGCUGAAAUAACAAAAAAAAAAGAUGCAGAGCUUUCAGACCUCAAAUAAUGCAGUUUUUAAAAAAUAUUUAAGAGUUCAGAAUAAUCAAUAUUUGGUGGAAUAAUCAUGUUUUUUAAUCACAGUUUUAUGCUUCUUGCAUGCUCUCCUCCACCAGUCUUACAGACUGCUUUUGGAUAACAUUAUUCCACUCCUGGUGCAAAAAUUCUACCAGUUCAGCUUGGUUUGAUGGCAUCCAUCUUCAGUUUGUUAAAAUCAAGGAAACUCAUAAUUUUUUAAGUGGUCUCCUAUGUUAUUUGCAUGAAAUAUAUUUACUUCAUUAUGUACCAGUGGGAAGUGCUUACUGGCAGCAGGCGCAAAAAAAGUGUUAUUGACCUUCUUUCACAUGUUUUUCAUUUUUGCACUUCAUCCUUAAAAAAUGGGUCUAGACUUGCUCUGGGAAUCCCAGCAUUUAUAAGACUGUUUGGGUCAUUAGCAAAGGAUGAUUCAGACAGACUUGAGCUUGUGUUGCUUCAGACGUUGCUCUGUUUGUGCCACCGGCUCCAUGAGGAACUGCGGGUGGUUUCGGUUCAGCUGCUUUGGUACUUAAAAGCAGAACAGCAGCUGAAAUAGGGAAACAAGUAUAGCACAAGCGUUAGCAUGUAAGAAAAGUGUCACUUAGAACAAGCUAUAUGACAUGCAGAUGGCAGAUGUCACAGCCAUAGAAGUUCUAGAGGCAUGAAAAUGAAUGAAUGUAUUUUUAUUUUUUUUUUUUUUUAAGUAUGUAUGUUUAUUGUAAAAUAUAUUGUAAUUAUUGUAUAUAAACCUGAAAAUAAGUGGCAAUCUGUACAAAUGAAUUUGUAAUUUAUUUCUUGCAUGUAUUUUUAUACAUGGUCUAAAUAAAUGCCUUAUUUUGGAUACCAGAA